AGAAGGUCUUCACUCAGAACUUCAGUCUUUUCUGCCCUGCCCACCGUCUGGUUGGCCAGCUGGCGCAUGCGGUUGAACUGCUUCUUCAUCGUGGCCCCGCUGCCGCGCUAGCCCGCGAGCUGGGGAAGGACGGAGCAGCCCGGAGCCCGCCGCGGGGUUACAUGGCUCCCGCGCGGAGCCUCCGGGGCGGCGGCGGCGGCACUGCGGAGCCGUCUGGCCCGCGCACGGCUCCCUGCCGGGGGCACCACAGCCUACUCCUGCCGCUGCCGCGCUGCCUCGGGCUUCAUCCUCCUCACGCACGCCGCGGGCCCCUCAUAGCAACGCCCCCAGCCGCUUCGGCGCCGGCCGGGUCGCCUCAGGCUGCAGCCCCAACCCCAACCCCAGCCCCAGCCCCGCGCGCGGACCGGGGAGUCUCCGCAGGCUGGCUGGCUGGCUGGCUGGCCGGGGGUCCCCGUGCGCCUGUGCGGAGAGCGCCGUGCAUGCUGGGACUUGUAGUUCUCCACUUGGUGCCCACCUUCCUUCUGGCCAAAGUUUGCAGGGAGCGGGAGGGGGCAGCGUCGUCGCCCUCGGCUUUGCACUUUAGGGUUAUUCUAGUAAAGAAAAAUGUUUUCCUGUUUUUAAAAAAAAAAUAACAAAAUGAAACCAAAAAAUGCAACAGCAAAUAAAACUACUGAGCAUCUGUCACCUAUUGCAUUUAAGUGUGAGUCCCAGCUGUUCUGAAUUCACAGCAGGAAGACACAGGCUAGAGGUUCAUUUAGUAGUAUAAAGUCACCUGAUUCAAGUUGAAGUGCCAGGUUAAGCUUGGGGCAGGCACAGGGAUUGGAUACCAGGAAAAGCAUGCAUCCUAGAUAUGUCGUUCUUAAUUUUCAGCAAAUAAGCAGAAGUCAGCAUAAAAGAACAGAAUCACAGGGGCAUGGCGUCUGCCGGCCCAGGCUGACUGAGAAGGCAUUUUUGUAUGGCUUAGAUUCCAAUCCCAGCGAUUCCCAUUUCCUUUCCACCGUCAGAAGACCAAGAACAUCAACGGUGGCAGCUUCCUAUAUGCCACCAUUUUUAUUGUCAUUGGUGGCUUUCUUCAGGGCUAUCCAUAGGACAAGAUGGGUGAUUGCAGUUAGAUGUCACCGUUUACCAAGUAACAGCAGUAUGGUAUAUGCAUCGUAGGGUAGCUGGGGCUUUGGAUCAAAUAUAUAUAAUUUCCUAUAUAUAUAUAUAAUUUCCACGUACCUGUUAUAUAAGCUUAGGAAAAUUCCUUUACCUCUCUAAGAGGUUUCCUCUUUUCAAGUAAAGAAAUAAUGCUACCCGAUAGACAGCAAAGAUAGAAAACUGUUAAACUACUAAUAAUCAAAUUGCACAUAUAUUAACUCUGUAAUACAAUGUAUAAUAUUGAUUUAGAACUAAUAUGAUAAUUAGCAUAAUAGUAAAAGAUCUUAUUCUACGAUAGAACCCCUAUUCUAGUAGAUGAAAGUACUUUUUCAAAAUUAAAUAUUUUGCAUAUGUUGACUAUAGUCACAGGAUGUCCUAAAUAUGGCUCUCAGUAACUUGCUGGCCAGCUGAACAAAAGAUGGUUUGAGGCAUGUCUUGGCUGAAUGAACAUGAAAUUCUUAAUUAAUUGUGAAUUUAGCCUCUGCUUAUUAGGUCAGGCAGCUCCAGCCAAUUAACAAGUGAAGGCAUUAUUUGCUUUUAACUCGCUGUAUAUGCCUGUAAUGUCAAUAUAAUGUUUGUACAAAAUGAAGUUAUUUUCAUUUUAAAAUUUCAAAAUCCAUGGCAUCACAUGAUUUUUAUCUGCAUAGAUAAUAGUGAGACGCUAAGUGCACUAUUUGAAUUUUAGCAACUUUAUGAUAAUAUUUAGACUUACCUUAUCCUUUACAAGUAGCCUCUGACCACAUGUGGCUGUUGAAAUUUAAAUUAAAUGAAAUUAAGUAAGACUUAAGAUGUAGUUCCUUAGUCACAAUUUAUAGGCUUAACAGUCACUAGUAUAUUUUUGUUUCCUACCUCAGGGAAGGAAUGAUGAUGCAGAAAAAGAGAAAGAGAUGCUAAAUCUCCUCUUUUGGUCUUUUUAAGCAUACUUCAGAAAUGUGUGUUGGAGGUGGGUUAGCUCAGCGGCAUAAGUGCCUGCUUGGCAAAUGCGAGGGCGUGAGUUCAAUCCCCAGCACCAAAAAAAAAAAAAAAAAAGAAAAAAGAAAAGAAAUGUAUGUUGGAGAAUGGAGUUUGUAAAGAAGACCAGGUUGUAAGAAUAGCUGCCUGCCAUGAAGGAUAUACUAGCCUACUUAAUCCAAAGGAUCCACAAGCUGUGUGGUGUGGGAGAUGCUGAUGGGUGAGACGGAAUGCAGGGAGAAAGAAGGAAGCACAUGGUGUAGGCACAGAUUAUGUCGUUGUCCAUAUGUUUCAUGUUUAUCUCUAUAAAAAGGGAUCAAACUUCAUCUCCUCGUUGAGGUCAAGAUCAUCAUGGGAUAUUCUUGUUAAACAACUAUCCCCACAAAUGAUUCAGGCCACUUUUAAGUUUUAAGAGUAGUUCUGUUAACCAAGUGUCGUAGUGUGUGCCUAUAAUUCCAGCACUCCGGAUGUGAGGGCAGAAAGAUAACUGGCUAUUUUUAAAAGGAAAAAGCUAAUACAACUAAAGAAAGGGAGAAAGAAAAACUGAAACACAAAAUGUCAAAAUGAAGAAAAGGAUUUAAACAUAGGUGCAAAAAUAUAUACAAGAAUAUAUUUGUAAUUUUAUGUUUACUUAUUUUGAAAUAAGCUCUUUGUUUUUAGGGAAAUACAAAUUGAUACAGGUGUUUCAAAAAUAAGUGGGAAGUUUGAGCAGAUGAGGAACACUGAGGGACCAUGAAGAGAUUCUUGGUAAAGAUAAAGUUCAAGGGGGCUGGAGAUUUAGCUCAGCGGCAUAAGCGCCUGCCUUGCAAGCAGGCAGUCGUGAGUUUGAUCCCCAGUACCAAUAAAAAGGAAAAAGACAAAAAAAAAAAA